AUGAGUUGUCUUCUCUUCAUAGACGUGUCACAAAAUUCUAUAGAGGGAGAAGUUCCAUCAGAUAUUGGAGGACUGAAAGCCAUUGUAGAACUACAUCUUUCCAGUAACCACUUUUCACACAUGAUACCAAGCACAUUCGAGGAAUUCCAAAACCUGCAGUCUCUUGACUUAUUGAACGAUUCAUUUUUUGGCCAAAUUCCAUUAUCCUUUGCCAAAUUGAUAAGUUUGGAAUUCUUGAAUUUGUCUUUAAAUGCCUUGUCAGGUACUAUACCUAAGUCAUUGGAAAAACUCACAUACCUUAAAAGCAUCAAUGUUUCAUUUAAUGAUUUACAAGGAGAAAUACCCAGUGAUGGUGUGUUUUCAAAUUCCACUCUACAAUCAUUUCUUGGGAACAAAGGUCUAUGUGGAAUGCACAUAUUGGAGGUUCCUACUUGUGCUAUCACUAAUACUGGACAACAAUCAAAGUCUAAGAAGCUUGUGCUAAAAAUUGUUAUUCCAGUGGUUACUUCAUCUUUUCUGAUAUCUUUGUUCGUUAUAGUUUGGAUAAUGAAACGACAAAAGAAAGGAAAUUCCGAAGAUGUGGAAAAGGUACCGGAGAUCAAGAAUCAUCAAUUAGUUUCUUAUCACGAGAUUCAACGAGCAACAAAUAAUUUUGAUGGAUCCAAUUUAAUUGGUGAGGGAAGCUCUGGCUCUGUGUACAAAGGCACAUUAUCUGGUGGAAGUGUUGUGGCAAUAAAGGUUCUGGAUUUGGAAAAUGAGCAAGUAUGCAAAAGGUUUGAUACUGAAUGCAAAGUGAUGAGAAAUGUUAGACACAAAAAUCUUGUCCCUGUGAUUACUACUUGUUCUAGUGACUAUAUAAGAGUCAUUGUUGUGCAAUAUAUGCCCAACGGGAGUCUUGAGAAUUGGUUGUAUAGAGAAGAGUCCCACUUGAACCUCCUUCAAAGAGUCACCAUAAUGCUUGAUGUGGCCGAGGCAAUUGAAUAUCUACACCAUGGUCAUGACACUCCGAUUGUUCAUUGCGACCUAAAGCCAGCCAACGUUCUUUUGGAUGAAGAAAUGGUGACACAUGUUGGUGAUUUUAGCAUCUCUAAGAUAUUAGUUGAAAGAAAGUCCAUGUCACAUACUGAGACAUUAGGCACUCUUGGUUACAUCGCACCAAAUUUUUGCAAGCAAUUGCAACAGAGACAAAGGGAAAUGGGUUAA